UAUUCGCCUUUGCAGAUUUACUUCACUCUCUCUCUACUCAUGUAUCUUUCCCCCAUUUCUCACUUCCUUUCAUCUCUGUAUGCCUUCCAGUGACCGCCUCAGUUGAGAUAAUCAAAGCUCAGUUUGCAGUUUUCAUGGCCUCCGUCCUCGAAUCUGGUUGGCAGUAUCUGAUUACUCAUUUUAGUGACUUUCAACUUGCUUGCCUUGGGAGUUUCUUUCUCCAUGAAAGUGUCUUUUUCUUAUCUGGACUACCAUUUAUUUAUUUUGAAAGAGCAGGAUGGCUGACCAAGUACAAAAUUCAGUCCAAAUCCAACAGUGCUGCAGCUCAGAAAAAAUGUAUCACCCAACUGUUACUGUAUCAUUUAUGUGUCAAUCUACCAGUUAUGAUUGUUUCAUAUCCUGUCUUUAGAUCCAUGGGCAUGAGAAGUAGUCUGCCUUUGCCAUCCUGGAAAGUAAUAUCUACACAGAUCCUAUUCUACUUCAUUCUAGAGGAUUUUGUGUUCUAUUGGGGCCACAGGAUAUUGCACACGAAAUGGCUGUACAAGCAUGUUCAUAGCAUUCAUCACGAGUAUGCUACCCCAUUUGGACUAACAUCAGAAUAUGCUCACCCAGCUGAAAUCCUAUUUCUUGGAUUUGCUACAAUUGUGGGUCCUGCAAUGACUGGCCCUCACCUCUUUACUCUCUGGCUUUGGAUGGUUGUAAGAGUCCUAGAGACUGUAGAGGCACAUUGUGGUUAUCAUUUUCCUUGGAGCCCAUCAAAUUUCUUGCCUUUAUAUGGAGGAUCUGAUUUUCACGACUAUCACCAUCGACUACUUUACACAAAGUCUGGAAACUACUCCUCCACUUUCGUUUACAUGGACUGGAUUUUUGGAACUGAUACAGGUUAUAGAAAAUUGAAGGCAUUGAAGAAAUACGAAGAUGAAGCUGAAGCUGGCAAGGUGAAAGAAAAAUGAAAAUGGAAGAAGAUUCAUUUAGGGAUUUGAACGAUGAAUUAGCCAUUUUUCUGGUACCUUGUUGAUUCAUAUUGACCUGAAAGAGUUAUUUGUAGAUGGGGACAUUUCAAUUUUUAACAUCAAGU